AUGCCAUUAAAGAAUCUGAAACCCAUAACGCCCGGUACUCGGAAUGCCGUCAGGGCAUCCUUCGAAGAGAUAACUCGGACCAACCCGGAAAAAUCCCUGCUGACUCCACUUGCGAAGCAUGCUGGCCGAAACAACCAGGGCCGCAUAACAGUCCGCUCUCGGGGAGGCGGAAGUCGCCGGAUGUACCGCGUCAUUGACUUCAAGAGACGCAAAGAAGGGGUGCCCGGACACGUAGUAUCAAUCGAGUACGAUCCAAACCGGACAACCCGUAUUGCGUUGAUCUACUAUGCGGACGGAGAAAAGAGCUACAUUCUGGCUCCUCUCGGACUGGAAGUGGAUAACUGGGUGCAAGCGGGCCCCAGCGCCGAGAUAAGUCCUGGCAAUGCGCUGCCGUUGCGGAAUAUACCGACCGGUACCGUUAUCCAUAAUCUGGAAUUAACCCCCGGCCGGGGUGGCCAACUGGUUCGCAGCGCCGGAGUGGGAGCUCAGGUGUUAUCAAGGGAGGGUGAGUACGUAUUGAUCCGCUUGCCUUCGGGCGAGAUGCGGAGAGUCUUGCUGAACUGUCGGGCCAGUAUAGGGCAAUUGUCCAACCCUGACCACAAGAACGAAAGUUUGGGGAAGGCUGGAGCCAGCCGACAUCGGGGCAGGCGUCCUCAGGUAAGAGGAGUUGCCAAAAAUCCGGUCGACCAUCCUCACGGCGGUGGCGAGGGGCGUUCCCCCAUUGGAAUGCCGGGACCUAAGUCCCCCACUGGCAAGCCCACCUUGGGGCACAAGACUCGAAGAAAGAAGAAGACUACCGGAAAAUUUGUAGUACGGGGCAGGCGACGAUAG